UUUCUAGCUUUCGAGUUCUGCUCUUUGCCGCGUCAAGAAAGUAUCCAAAAAUUUCGUGCGAUAUGGGAGCCAUAAUUGCUACACCUGUGACUAUUAUUGUUACAAUACUGUCUGCAAAACCUUCUGACGUCGUUUAUUGGACAAAAUGGAUCGCAUCAUACAUCUGUAUCGAGUUGUACAAACGUUCACACAAGAAACGAUUCGAUUGGUACGACAUGGGAGCAAAGCAUGAUCCUCAGAAAAGUAAUUUUCUUCCAAAUCCCGAAGAAGCAGUUUUGGAAUCUCCAUUGCUCGAUUCUCAACUUGUUAAUACAGCAGACGAAAUAUUCUUUUACGGAGUGAAUUCCAAAUCCGAAUAUUUCGUCACUCGCAUAGCAAGAGGCCCCAAUCAAGAAGCAGAAGCGUGGAUUUACUUGAAGUUAAGCAAUGGAAAAGUGUACCAGCUGCAAGAGACGUCCGGUUACCAACAAUCAUGCUGUGAUAAAAGAGUAUUCACUUGUGGAGGACUCCAGAUUCACUACUUGUCUCCAAUGAGAAGGUGGAGGAUAUUUUUCAAUGGAAUUCUCAGGGAAACUGAUGAGAAUGAUCCGACAUCAGACAGGAAUGUGCAUGUCAAGUUCGCCGUCCUAUGGCGAGCAUCAUCAGAUACUUUCGACUACAUUUCAGACAUAAAUAGUUCAGCCUUAGCUACUGGUUUGGCCAAAGCUAGAUGGAAUCAAUAUUUACCACCUGUGGGAAAGUUAUACAGUACAUUGAAUUGUUAUGUUCAAACUGGUGUCAUUGCGGGUACGAUAAAAAUAGAAGGAUAUGAAGAUGAGCUGAAUGUAUAUUUAUUUGGAGAAAAAAUCAGGUUCUUGGGUAAUUUUUCGAUGGAAGACAUUAAAUUUACCGAUGCUUUAGGUUACGUUUUUAAGAAUGGAAGAUUUGCACACGUAGCAGAAAUAUCUAUUGAAAACGUUGUUAAAAAUCUUACGGUUGGUUUUAUUACCGCAGUAUCAGGAGAAAUGGAAAACUUCGAGGGUUCCAAGAAUGUUUUAAUAAAUCUUACUGAUAUUGGCGAGAAGGAUAUCGUAGCGAAAUUCAACGCUGAAGGUGAAGAAUACAUGUUACAUGGAGAAGUGGAUGGGAAAAACUCCAAUUCUAAUUUCGACUGUUUCAAUUUCGAGCUUAAUGGAUUAAAAGGAACGGGUGUAGUUUUCAGCGGGAAAAUAAAGAAAUCCAAGCGUGUCCUCUCUGAAAAUGAGACAUAUCCUACUCCAGCAGUCAUUCCAUUGGUUGUGCCUUUUUCUGAGAAAGUUUGCCAAAAUCCAGACAUAACUGGUGGAAAAGGAUCAUCAUUAGGAAAACUUACGGAGCUAAGCAAAGACUUCAAAAGCUUCACAGUACCCAGUGGUAUGGUUGUUACAACAGGAGCUUAUCAGAAGUUUCUGACGGAUGAAAUUUUAAAGCAGAUAAAGAGUUUAGAAAAGGUUCUUUAUAGUGACAAGGUUGACGAAACCAAAAUAGCUUGUCAAAGAAUUAUUGAUGAAGUUAUUAACACCAAUAUGCCCGAGUCGGUUUUCCAGGCUGUUGUUACAAAUCUCGAGAAAGUAUUUCCUGACAAGAAAAAUAAUUAUAAAUUUGCUGUUCGUUCAUCAGCGACUGGCGAAGAUACAGAGCAGAUGUCAGCGGCAGGGCAGAUGGAGACUUUCCUAGGAGUAGAAGGAAUAAAUGAGAUAAUGACAGCAAUUAAGAAGUGUUGGGCAUCUCAGUUUGGUUACAUAGCUGUGCAAUAUAAGAGACAAAAUGGUCAAAUUAUAAACUCACCAAUGGCUGUUGUUGUGCAACAAAUGAUAUCAUGUGAUGUCGCCGGAGUUCUAUUUACGUGUGAUCCAUUGACAGGAAAUCCAACAUCUAUGAGUAUUACUGGAAAUUAUGGAUUAGGCGAAUCAGUAGUAUCCGGAUCCGACGAGCCUGAUACAAUCGAGAUAGAAAGGCAUUCUGAUGGAAAUUUGACAAUCAAAAACAAACUCAUAGGAUCGAAACGUCGCCGUAUCGUUUUGAAAGAUGAUGGUGGAACGGAAUUUGAAGAUGUUCAGGAGCAAGAUAAACAGAUUUGCUGUUUAACUGAUAACAUGGCUCUUCGAUUAGCACAACUGGCUCUUAAGAUCGAGAAGAGUUAUAGAUCUUACAGAGACAUAGAAUGGGGUUUUUGGAAUAACAAUCUUUACAUUUUUCAAUCUCGUCCUGUAACAAGUGGAGCAGGAGAAACUGAAUUUGAAAUCGAUCACGAAUUUGACGGCCCUCUGCGAAAUGAACGGGACUAUUUUACCACUUGCAACAUAGGUGAAGUUAUGCCUGGGGCAACAUCACCUUUGGGAAUAGAAGUUGCUCUAAAGUUCUUCGAGACAGUCUUCAAGAAUCCAGAUUACGUUGGAUUUCAUCGAGGUGAUCUAACUAAUUAUUAUCCAAGAGGUAUUCAAACUUGGUACAAUCACUUGAUGUUUUGCAUUCUGGAUCUUUUUCACCAAGUGAGUGAUAAUUCUGAACAAGUCCAAGCCAAUUCUAUUGGAUUAUUUGGAAGACUAAUGGAUGAUAAAGAAUUAUUUGAAAUGGCCAUCGAAAGAAAUAGAAAACAUCAGGCUAAAAAAUCUAGUUUGAAGGAAAAUGUGAAGAGAAUGUAUAGGUUGCUUUACGGAUCCAAAAGAGCCGUGGACAAGACUUUAAAGCAUUAUGAGAAAUAUAAUGUCCCUGUCGUCAAGUUCAAUAAUUCUGUUGAUAUGUUUAAACAUCUAAUGUACUGUUGCACUGAUCUCCACGAGGCCUUUGAAACUCAUCUGAUGGUCUCUAAUUGUUCUUCGUUUUUGAACAUAUAUAUUUUUCUCAUUCUUCAAAAAGCAAUAGGAGAAAUCAACUCUGAUGUCUAUAAUGAUUUCGCUCGCUUGAUAACCGCCAGAGAAGUGGAAAGUGCUGAUGUUCCAAGUGCAAUGGAGCUGUUAGCUCGCAGCAUUAUUAAAGAAAUGAAGCCAGAAGAUUUCAAAACUAUGGAUAUUGAUGAAGCUUUGAAGUGGCUGGAAACAUCUUCUUCAAAUGCAAGCAAGGCAUAUAAAGAAUUCCUUGAAAAGCACGGCCAUCGAUGUUUAAGAGAAUUAGACAUUCGUUCCGUAACGUGGAAAGAUGACCCAAAAGCCCUCAUUAAAUCAUUACAGCAUCUUGUAGUAAGCAUCAGAAAAGAUAAGGGUGAAGAAGACUCAGAUGAUAUCAAAGAAAUUAUUGAUGAUUUGAAAGCUCCUCUGUCUUUCAAAAACAAAUUGUCAUUACGGCUUAUACUUUCUCUAAGUCGUAAAACAGUGCAAUUCAGAGAAACUUCAAAGUCUAUUAUGAUUCGAAACUUGAAUCAAUGGCGUAAGGGAUACAGAAAACUCGCCAAGCUGAUGGUUUUAGAAGGCCGAAUACCAGAUGAAGAUCUUCUUUAUUUUAUGACCAUGGAAGAAAUUAAUGAGUUACUAGAAACAAGAUCUCCUAAAAUUAUAGCAAAGGCAAAUUUGAGACGCAGACGUCAUCCUGUAUUAGAUAAGUACAUAUUUCCAGAAAUAAAUAAAGGAUUUCCUAUGCCAAUCAAUGCGGGCAAAAAAAUUGUUCACACAAAUGAUAGUAAUUUCACUAUGAAAGGAAUUCCAGUGAGUGCAGGUAUUGCUAUGGGUGUUGUUCGCGUAGCUCUUGAUUUGGACGACGCAUCUCUUCUACAGCCUGGUGAGAUCCUCGUAACCUAUGCUACAGAUAUUGGAUGGUCACCGUAUUUCCCUAUAUUAGGAGGCGUAGUGACUGAAAUUGGUGGCCUUAUAUCACACGGUGCUGUGGUUAGUCGAGAAUAUGGUCUGCCUUGCAUUUCCGGAGUACAUGGAGCCACGCAGCAGUUUCAAACAGGGGAUUAUGUACUGUUAGAUGGCACCAAAGGAAUCGUGCAAAGAAUUCCAAAAAAAGAAGAUUCAUAAAUGCUUAUUUCAGCUUGAAGUCAUAUAUUUAAAUACAUUCUUCCUUUCAACAGGUCAUAUUAAUAUUUUAAUUAUAUUCAAGUAUGUUUUUGUGUCCAUUUUGUAAGCUUUAACAAAGAGAUCUUCAAAGAUAGAAUUAAAUUUUUUACCACACUAUUUGAAAUAAAA